AUGCAAGGAGUGAGAGUAAUCGAGGAAUGGUCACCGGUUAUAGUAAUGGUGAUAUCAAAUAUAGCGAUGGGUUCGGUGAAUGCACUUGUAAAGAAAGCUCUUGAUGUUGGUGUGAACCAUAUGGUCAUUGGUACUUACCGAAUGGCUAUUUCCGCUUUCAUUCUGGCUCCUUUCGCCUACAUUUUGGAAAGGGCUAGCUUGAUGCAAUUUUUCUUUUUGCUUGGUCUGUCGUACACGUCAGCAACUGUCUCGUGUGCUUUGGUUAGCAUGUUGCCUGCAAUCACCUUCGCUUUUGCCCUCAUUUUCAGGACUGAAAAUAUAAAGAAUCUGAAGACCAAAGCAGGAAUGUUGAAGGUGUUGGGAACUCUACUAUGCAUAAGUGGAGCUUUGUUCUUAACAUUUUACAAAGGCCCUCAAAUAUCAAACUCUCACUCACACCCGGAGGCUUCUCACCACCACAACAAGGAUCAAGACAAGACCAAGAACUGGCUUCUUGGAUGUUUGUACCUAACAAUAGGAACCACGAUGCUAUCUUUGUGGAUGCUGUUUCAAGGGACUUUAAACAUUAAGUAUCCUUGCAAAUACUCAAGCACUUGUCUCAUGUCGGUUUUCGCUUCGUUCCAAUGUGCUCUAUUGAGUCUUUACAAAGGCGGAGACGCCAAAGAUUGGAUCAUCAAUGAUAAAUUUGUGGUUACCGUCAUCAUAUACGCUGGAGUGGUAGGACAAGCAAUGUCGACGGUAGCAACAACAUGGGGGAUACAGAAAUUGGGAGCCGUUUUCGCAUCAACAUUUACUCCAGUCAUUCUAAUCUCAGCUACUUUAUUCGAUUUCCUCAUUCUGCACACGCCUUUGUACCUCGGCAGUGUAAUUGGAUCAGUAGUGACAGUAAUGGGUCUCUACGUGUUCUUAUGGGGUAAGAAGAAAGAAACGGAUGCAUCAGCAUCAGCAUCAACAUCAACAUCAACAUCAACAUCAACAUCAACUACAUUGUCUCCUCGGACGGAUAACGAAAACCACACUGUCACUAAUUAUAACGACUCUAAGUCGCCUGUUUAA